AUGACACAACAGUCUGAAAAUUUCGAUUCGAUACGACAAGAUUCAGCGGUUCCAUUAUCUGUCAGAAAUCUUCAAGCUGACAAAUAUCGGUCACAAUCAAACAAUAAUAAUAAUAAUAAUAGAAAGAAACCUCCAUUACCAUUACAAACAUCAAAACCUCCAAAAAAUUCUGUUAGAAUUAGACCUAUUGAAAUUCCUACACAUUUUAAAUGGGCAUUAAUUCUAACGAUAUUUUGUUUUUUUAUUAUUGGGCCAUGUUGGGCACUUUAUAAAUCAUUGAAAUUACGUGGAAUGAUUCAACGACAAGAAUUAGAUGCUGCUGAACGUUUAUCAAAUAGAAUACAAUCUGUUCUUAUAAUUUUAACUAUACUUGGAAUUUUUGCAUGGGUUGUAAUCCUAUUUUGUUCAGUUGGCCUUAUAUUAACUGGAAAAUUGUUAGAUGCUAAAGCUAUAUAG